AUGGUGCUCGAGGCCUCCUUCCUCUGCAUCGACAACUCCGACUAUAUGCGGAACGGCGACCACGCGCCCUCGCGGAUGGAGGCGCAGCUGGACGCCGUCAACUUGCUGUCGGGCGCAAAGACGCAGAGCAACCCUGAAAACGUCGUCGGGCUGCUCUCGACGGCCGGGCGAGGGGUGGAGGUGCAGGUGGCGCUGACGGGCGACGUCGGCCAGGUCCUCUCCCUCUCGCACGGCAUCAAGAUUGGCGGCAACGCCAACUUGUCAGCGGGCAUCCAGGUGGCGCAGCUCUCGCUCAAGCAUCGGCAGAACAAGAACCAGCGGCAGCGCAUCAUCGUCUUUGUGGGGUCGCCGGUGCAGGAGGAGGAGGCGGCGCUGGUCAAGCUCGGCAAGAAGCUCAAGAAGAACUCCGUCGCGAUGGACAUCAUCAACUUUGGAGAGGAGGCGCCCCGGGCCGCAGACACCGCGCUGCUCAACGCCGUCAACUCUGACGACAACUCGCACCUCGUCACCGUCCCUCCCGGCCCGCACGUCCUCUCCGACAUCCUGCUCUCGUCGCCCAUCGUGCAGGGCGAGGACGGCGCGGGCGCCGCGAUGGCCGGCAUGGGCGGCGGCGGCGGCGAGGGCGCGGGAGACUUCGCCGGCCUCGCGGACCCGAGCUUCCUGCAGUCUGUCCUCGGCUCGCUCCCCGGCGUCGACCCAAACGACCCGCGCAUCCAGUCGGUCCUCCAAAAGCAGGACGGCGACAAGAAGGAGGAGGAGGACAAGAAGUGA